AUGGCUGCCGUCCGGCCGGACCGCUAUCUGCCAGAGGGAGCGGUGAAAGGGCUCUGCAAGUUAUUCUGCUUGACUCUGCAUCGGUACAGAGAUGCAGCUUCCCGCAGGGCCCUGCAGGCAGCCAUCCAGCAGUUGACUGAGGCCCAGCCAGAAGCCACUGCUAAGAACCUUCUGCACUCGCUGCAGUCUUCAGGUAUUGGCUCCAAAGCAGGCGUUCCCAGUAAGAGCAGUGGCUCAGCUGCUUUGCUGGCCCUGACCUGGACCUGCCUUCUGGUGCGCAUUGUCUUUCCCUCAAGAGCCAAGCGGCAAGGGGACACCUGGAACAAACUGGUAGAGGUGCAGUGUCUGCUCCUUCUGGAGGUGCUGGGUGGCUCCCACAAGCACGCUGUGGAUGGUGCUGUGAAGAAACUCACGAAGCUGUGGAAAGAGAACUCCGGGCUGGUGGAGCAGUACUUGUCAGCCAUUCUCAGCCUAGAACCCAACCAGAACUAUGCCGGCAUGCUGGGCCUGCUAGUGCAGUUCUGCACGAGCCACAAGGAGAUGGACGUGGUCAAUCGGCACAAGAGUGCCCUGCUGGAUUUUUAUAUGAAGAACAUCCUGAUGAGCAAAGUAAAACCUCAGAAGUACUUAUUGGAUAGCUGUGCCCCUUUGCUCCGAUACAUGUCCCACGCGGAAUUUAAGGAUCUCAUACUGCCCACCAUACAGAAGUCUUUACUGCGGAGUCCAGAGAAUGUUAUUGAAACUAUUUCAAGUCUGCUGGCAUCAGUGACUCUUGAUCUCAGCCAAUAUGCCCUGGACAUCGUGAAAGGACUGGCCAGUCAGCUGAAAUCCAACAGUCCCCGCCUGAUGGACGAAGCUGUGCUGGCACUGCGGAACCUGGCCCGCCAGUGCAGUGACUCUUCGGCCAUGGAAGCUCUAACCAAGCACUUGUUUGCCAUCCUUGGAGGCUCGGAGGGAAAACUAACUAUUGUAGCCCAGAAGAUCAGUGUCCUCUCAGGGAUUGGGAGUGUCAGUCACCACGUGGUGUCUGGGCCUUCUAGUCAAGUCCUGAAUGGGACUGUGUCUGAGCUGUUCAUCCCGUUCCUCCAGCAAGAAGUUCAUGAAGGGACCUUGGUACAUGCUGUCUCUAUCCUGGCUCUCUGGUGUAACCGGUUCACUACUGAAAUGCCCAAGAAGCUCACUGAAUGGUUCAAGAAAGCUUUCAGCCUUAAAACCUCCACCUCUGCAGUGAGGCACGCCUACCUGCAGUGCAUGUUGGCCUCCUUCCGGGGUGACACACUGUUGCAGGCCCUGGACUUACUGCCCUUGCUCAUCCAGACAGUGGAGAAGGCAGCCUCCCAAAGCACUCAGGUUCCCACAGUCACUGAAGGGGUUGCCGCAGCCUUGCUGCUCUCAAAGCUUUCAGUGGCUGACUCACAGGCUGAGACCAAACUGAACAGUUUCUGGCAGCUGAUUGUGGAUGAGAAGAAGCAGAUUUUCACUUCUGAGAAGUUUCUGCUCAUGGCUUCUGAGGAUGCCCUGUGUACUGUGUUGCAUCUGACAGAAAGGCUUUUUCUUGACCACCCGCAUAGACUCACUGGCAACAAAGUCCAGCAGUAUCACCGGGCUCUGGUGGCUGUGCUCCUGAGCCGUACCUGGCAUGUCCGCAAGCAGGCUCAGCAGACUGUUCGGAAGCUGCUGUCCUCUCCUGGGGGCUUUAAAUUGGCAUAUGGGCUCCUGGAGGAGCUGAAGACUGUCCUCAGUUCUCAUAAGGUGCUGCCUUCAGAGUCUCUGGUGACUGAUGCUGGGGAGGUGACUGAGGCAGGCAAGGCCUAUGUGCCUCCACGAGUUCUGCAGGAGGCUCUGUGUGUCAUCUCUGGCGUGCCAGGGCUCAAGGGUGACAUCACCAACACCGAGCAGCUGGCCCAGGAGAUGCUGAUCAUCUCUCACCACCCAUCCUUAGUGGCAGUGCAGGCUGGGCUCUGGCCAGCGCUUCUUGCCAGGAUGAAAAUUGAUCCUGAAGCCUUUAUCACCAGGCAUCUGGAUCAGAUCAUUCCCAGGAUCACCAUGCAGAGUCCCUUGAACCAAUCUUCCAUGAACGCCAUGGGCUCCCUUUCCAUCCUGUCCCCGGACCGAGUCCUCCCACAGCUCAUUAGCACCAUCACCGCCACUGUGCAGAACCCUGCACUACACCUGGUCACUCGAGAGGAGUUUGCUAUUAUGCAGACCCCUGCUGGGGAGCUGUAUGACAAAUCUAUCAUUCAGAGUGCCCAGCAGGACAGCAUUAAAAAGGCCAACAUGAAGCGAGAGAAUAAAGCUUACUCCUUCAAGGAGCAGAUCAUUGAGCUAGAGCUGAAGGAGGAGAUAAAGAAGAAGAAAGGCAUAAAAGAGGAAGUGCAGCUGACUAGCAAGCAGAAGGAGAUGAUGCAGGCCCAGCUGGACAGGGAGGCACAGAUCCGGAGACGGCUGCAGGAGCUGGAUGGGGAGCUGGAGGCGGCGCUGGGACUACUGGACACCGUCCUGGCCAAGAACCCAUCUGGCCUGACCCAGUACAUCCCUGUUUUGGUUGACUCUUUCCUGCCCUUGCUGAAAUCUCCCUUGGCUGCUCCCAGGAUCAAGAAUCCCUUCCUGUCCUUGGCUGCCUGUGUCAUGCCCCCUAGGCUCAAGCCUUUGGGCACUCUGGUAAGCCAUGUGACACUGCGCAUGCUGAAGCCUGAGUGUGCUCUAGAUAAGUCCUGGUGCCAGGAAGAGCUGUCAGUGGCUGUGAAGAGAGCAGUGACGUUGCUGCACGCGCAUACCAUCACCAGCAGGGUGGGCAAGGGGGACCCAGAUGCUGCACCCUUGUCUGCACCAGCCUUCUCCUUAGUCUUCCCGUUUCUGAAGAUGGUGCUGACUGAGAUGCCACACCAAAGUGAGGAGGAGGAGGAGCGGAUGGCCCAGAUUCUUCAGAUCCUCACUGUUCAUGCCCAGCUGAGAGCCUCCCUGAGCAUCCUGCCUGGACGUGUGGAUGAGAAUGGCCCGGAGUUGCUGCCUCGGGUGGCCAUGCUGCGUCUUCUAACUUGGGUGAUCGGGAUAGGCUCACCCCGUUUACAGGUUCUGGCUUCAGAUGCCCUGACGACCCUGUGUGCCAGCAGCAGUGGUGAGAAUGGCUGUGCCUUCGCAGAGCAAGAGGAGGUAGACGUGCUGCUCUGUGCCUUACAGUCCCCAUGUGCAAGCGUGAGGGACACUGCACUCCGGGUAUGUGUGGCACUUGCUUAUAGGCCACUGCAGCAUUCUCUGCUCUGGUCAUUGAUGGGCCUAGAUCUGCACCCAGACCUCUGCUCCUUGCUGAUUGAUGAUGUGAUCUACCAUGAGGCAGCUGUGAGGCAGGCCGGGGCUGAAGCCCUCUCCCAAGCUGUGGCACGUUACCAGCAGCAGGCGGCGGAGGUUAUGGGCCGGCUCAUGGAGAUUUACCAGGAGAAGCUUUAUCGGCCUCCCCCAGUGCUGGAUACUUUGGGACGAGUUAUUUCAGAAUCUCCUCCAGAUCAAUGGGAAGCCAGGUGUGGCUUGGCCCUGGCCCUGAACAAGCUCUCCCAGUAUUUGGACAGCUCUCAGGUGAAGCCACUUUUUCAGUUUUUUGUCCCUGAUGCCCUCAAUGACCGACACCCAGACGUCCGGAAGUACAUGUUAGAUGCAGCCCUUGCAACACUCAAUACCCAUGGGAAGGAGAAUGUCAACUCCCUGCUGCCAGUAUUUGAGGAGUUCCUGAAGAAUGCACCCAACGAUGCCAGCUAUGAUGCUGUGCGGCAGAGUGUGGUGGUCCUGAUGGGUUCUCUGGCCAAGCACCUGGACAAGAGUGAUCCCAAAGUGAAGCCCAUUGUUGCCAAGCUCAUUGCUGCUCUCUCCACUCCCUCCCAGCAGGUCCAGGAGUCUGUUGCCAGCUGCUUGCCACCUCUUGUCCCAGCCAUUAAGGAGGAUGCCGGAGGGAUGAUCCAGAGGCUUAUGCAGCAGCUGCUGGAAUCAGACAAAUAUGCAGAGCGCAAAGGGGCUGCAUACGGGCUGGCAGGGCUAGUGAAGGGCCUGGGCAUUCUGUCGCUGAAGCAGCAGGAAAUGAUGGCAGCACUGACUGAUGCCAUCCAGGAUAAGAAGAACUUCCGCCGGCGAGAGGGAGCCCUCUUUGCCUUCGAGAUGCUUUGCACCAUGCUGGGGAAGCUCUUCGAGCCAUACGUGGUCCAUGUACUGCCCCAUCUGCUGCUGUGCUUUGGGGAUGGGAACCAGUACGUGCGUGAGGCUGCAGAUGACUGUGCCAAGGCUGUAAUGAGUAAUCUCAGUGCUCACGGGGUGAAGCUGGUGCUCCCCUCCCUACUGGCUGCCCUGGAGGAGGAAUCCUGGCGGACCAAAGCUGGAUCAGUGGAGCUGCUCGGGGCAAUGGCGUACUGUGCUCCUAAGCAGCUGUCGUCCUGCCUUCCCAACAUUGUGCCCAAGCUUACGGAGGUGCUGACUGACUCCCAUGUCAAAGUCCAGAAGGCCGGACAGCAGGCGCUCAGGCAGAUCGGCUCUGUCAUCAGGAACCCGGAGAUCCUGGCUAUUGCCCCAGUCCUGCUGGAUGCUUUGACGGACCCCUCUAGGAAGACCCAGAAGUGUUUGCAGACCCUGCUGGACACCAAAUUUGUCCAUUUCAUUGAUGCCCCAUCCCUGGCCCUCAUCAUGCCCAUCGUCCAGAGAGCCUUCCAGGACCGUUCCACCGAUACGCGGAAGAUGGCAGCCCAGAUUAUUGGCAACAUGUACUCUCUGACAGACCAGAAGGAUUUGGCUCCUUACCUGCCCAGUGUGACACCUGGCCUGAAAGCUUCUCUUUUGGACCCUGUGCCUGAGGUUCGGACAGUGUCUGCAAAGGCUCUUGGGGCCAUGGUGAAGGGCAUGGGGGAGUCAUGCUUUGAGGACUUACUCCCAUGGUUGAUGGAGACGCUGACUUAUGAGCAGAGCUCUGUGGAUCGCUCAGGCGCUGCACAAGGGUUGGCUGAAGUCAUGGCUGGUUUGGGGGUAGAGAAGCUGGAGAAGCUGAUGCCAGAAAUUGUGGCCACAGCCAGCAAAGUGGACAUUGCACCGCACGUCCGAGAUGGCUACAUAAUGAUGUUUAACUAUCUGCCCAUCACCUUUGGGGACAAGUUCACUCCUUAUGUGGGGCCCAUCAUCCCCUGUAUUCUCAAAGCUCUUGCUGAUGAGAAUGAGUUUGUGCGUGAUACCGCCCUGCGUGCGGGUCAGCGCGUCAUCUCCAUGUACGCUGAGACAGCCAUUGCCCUGCUGCUGCCCCAGCUGGAGCAAGGACUCUUUGAUGACCUCUGGAGAAUCAGAUUCAGCUCUGUUCAGCUCCUUGGGGAUCUCCUCUUCCACAUCUCAGGAGUUACUGGGAAGAUGACCACAGAAACUGCCUCCGAAGAUGACAACUUUGGAACUGCCCAGUCCAACAAGGCCAUCAUCACUGCCUUGGGGGUCGACCGGCGCAACCGGGUGUUGGCAGGGCUAUACAUGGGCCGCUCAGACACCCAGCUGGUGGUGCGGCAGGCAUCUCUACACGUCUGGAAGAUUGUUGUCUCAAAUACCCCGCGUACUUUGCGUGAGAUCCUGCCCACACUCUUUGGGCUCCUGCUUGGUUUCCUGGCUAGCACGUGUGCAGAUAAGAGAACAAUUGCAGCAAGGACAUUGGGAGAUCUGGUCAGAAAGUUAGGGGAGAAAAUCCUUCCUGAGAUCAUCCCCAUCCUUGAAGAAGGCUUGAGGUCUCAGAAGAGUGAUGAGAGGCAGGGUGUGUGCAUCGGACUGAGUGAGAUCAUGAAGUCCACCAGCCGGGACGCUGUACUAUAUUUCUCUGAGUCCCUUGUGCCUACGGCAAGGAAGGCUUUGUGUGACCCUCUGGAGGAGGUCAGAGAGGCAGCCGCCAAGACCUUCGAGCAGUUGCAUUCCACCAUUGGCCACCAGGCUCUGGAGGACAUCCUCCCAUUUUUACUGAAGCAGCUGGAUGAUGAGGAAGUGUCUGAAUUUGCCUUGGAUGGUUUGAAGCAAGUUAUGGCCAUUAAGAGUCGUGUGGUUCUGCCCUACCUCGUGCCCAAGCUAACGACGCCCCCUGUCAAUACUCGGGUGCUGGCUUUCCUGUCAUCUGUGGCAGGUGAUGCCCUGACCCGACAUCUUGGAGUGAUCCUCCCAGCAGUCAUGCUGGCCCUGAAGGAGAGACUUGGGACUCCAGACGAACAGCUGGAGAUGGCCAAUUGCCAAGCUGUGAUCCUCUCAGUAGAGGAUGACACAGGUCACCGGAUCAUCAUCGAGGAUCUGCUGGAAGCCACCCGAAGCCCUGAGGUAGGCAUGAGGCAGGCUGCUGCCAUCAUCCUCAACAUCUACUGUUCCCGCUCAAAGGCGGACUACAGCAGCCACCUGCGGAGCCUGGUCUCAGGCCUGAUCCGCCUCUUCAACGACUCCAGCCCUGUGGUUUUGGAGGAGAGCUGGGAUGCCCUGAAUGCCAUCACCAAGAAGCUGGAUGCUGGCAACCAAUUGGCACUAAUUGAAGAACUACACAAGGAAAUCCGCCUCAUAGGGAAUGAGAGCAAAGGCGAGCAUGUCCCAGGGUUUUGCCUCCCGAAGAAGGGAGUAACAUCCAUCCUUCCAGUGUUACGGGAAGGAGUCUUGACUGGGAGCCCUGAACAGAAAGAGGAAGCAGCCAAAGCCUUAGGCUUGGUGAUCCGCCUGACCUCAGCUGAUGCCCUGAGGCCCUCUGUGGUCAGCAUCACCGGCCCCCUGAUCCGCAUCCUGGGGGACCGGUUCAGUUGGAACGUGAAGGCAGCUCUGCUCGAGACACUUAGCCUUCUGUUGGCCAAGGUUGGGAUUGCCCUUAAGCCCUUCCUGCCCCAGCUGCAGACCACUUUCACCAAAGCCCUGCAAGAUUCCAACCGGGGUGUGCGCCUGAAGGCUGCUGAUGCUCUGGGGAAGCUCAUUUCCAUUCACAUCAAAGUGGAUCCCCUCUUCACAGAGCUGCUCAAUGGAAUUCGUGUCAUGGAGGACCCGGGUGUCAGGGACACCAUGCUGCAGGCUCUGAGGUUUGUGAUUCAGGGAGCAGGGGCCAAAGUGGAUGCUGUCAUCCGGAAGAACAUCGUCUCACUCCUGCUGAGCAUGCUGGGACAUGAUGAGGACAACACCCGCAUCUCCUCAGCUGGGUGCCUGGGGGAAUUGUGUGCCUUUUUGACUGAAGAGGAGCUUAACACCGUCCUUCAGCAGUGCUUGCUCGCGGAUGUGUCUGGCAUUGACUGGAUGGUCCGGCAUGGGCGGAGCCUGGCACUCUCCGUGGCUGUGAAUGUGGCUCCCAGGAGACUCUGUGCUGGCAAAUACAGCAGUGAAGUUCAGGAAAUGAUCCUCAGCAAUACCACAGCAGACAGGAUCCCCAUUGCAGUGAGCGGGAUCCGGGGCAUGGGCUUCUUGAUGAGAUACCAUAUUGAGACAGGAGGGGGACAGCUGCCAGCCAGACUCUCCAGCCUGCUCAUUAAGUGUCUGCAGAACCCAUCCAGUGACAUCAGGCUGGUGGCUGAGAAGAUGAUCUGGUGGGCAAAUAAGGACCCAAUGCCUCCUCUAGAGCCUCAAGCCAUCAAGCCCAUCCUGAAGGCUCUUCUUGACAACACCAAGGAUAAAAACACUGUUGUCAGGGCCUACAGUGACCAGGCGAUUGUCAAUCUCCUCAAGAUGAGGCAGGGCGAAGAGGUGUUUCAGUCGCUCUCCAAGAUCCUGGAUGUGGCCAGUUUGGAAGUAUUGAACGAGGUUAACCGAAGGUCCUUGAAGAAGCUGGCCAGCCAGAUCGACUCCACGGAGCAGGUGGAUGACACCAUCCUGACAUGAGAGGCCUGGACUCCACAGCAGCAUUUGCCGCUCCACAUCUUUGUUCAUUGUUUUCAUUUUUGAAAAUACGUUUGUUCCAAUGGGGAGCUUAGGAGAUGGCGUUCCCAGAAAGUAUUUUAAUAUAUCACAGACCACAGCCAAAGCCUUAAAUCAAACCCACACACAACUGAAAAUCGUCUCCUCCAUCUCCCACCCUUUUCUUUGGAGAAGAGAAGGAAAAGCACACACGUAGCCUCAGCGGAAGGCAGUCCAGGAGCUGCUCAUCCAGCUUAGCAUGGCUGGGUCUGGAACAAUCAGUGUCAGACCUCGGGUUCCUCUUCUGUGCUUGAAGCUCUGGUUCUAGAGUCGGCACUACCAACCUUUUGCCUAGAUCCUGAGUGGGGCACAGAAUGGUGGAUAUCUGCCCAGUGUGGUGUGUCUUGGCUUGGUUUUUCAACAGUGUAAGGCCUGAUUGGAUCUGACCCCUGUCAGUUGAAAAUGAUACACAGCUCUCACAGUUCAUAGGUCUGGGGAGGGGUGUAGGUUUACAUGUAGGCUGUUUGAAGGAGGAAUGUUUAAUAAAGGCUCUGAUUUAAUCUUGA